AUGGCCAACUUCGACUACUACCAACAACUGAACAGACAACCACUUGGGACCAGAUCGAGGAGUAGCAUUCAGAGAAAUAACACUUCUACCAAGGAAAGUGGAGUGCUGUGAGUAAAGCUUAUGCAGAGACUUGAAUGGCACUUCAUAUAGUUUGAAUCAGUGGCAUUUUAUGUCGAUGAAGAUUCUGAUUGUUCAUAUUUGACAUGGGCAUGCAAUGCAAACACCAUCACGGUGGUCGAUGAAAUCUGAAGUUUGAAUCAAGAUAAAGAAGAUAUCAACGUGUAUUAUCUAUCGCAAUUAGAAAGUUCAUAUCACGCUAAAUAUAUCAGAAUAAAUUAGAGUAUUAUUUGCCUGAAACCUGUCCACGAUAAUGUUUAGAGCAUGUGAGUGACGGAAUAUAAGUUGCCAUCAUGAUAAUUAGUAAUUAGUUUACUCGUUGAAUUCAAUCUUUGCUUCUAUCAUGUAUAAAACGUUUUACCACCAGGGGAGAACAAACAUUGCCACACUUGAAAUGAAUUGCAUACUAGUUAAGAAAUGCAUCUGAUAUUCACUUCUUGUUUCUUCCUGAUUGAAGGAUUGAAAUUCUUAAGAGUGUUGGCUCAAAGCUCAUAAAACCAACUGUGGGGAAUGGGGAACUGUGUGCCCAAACACUUUUGAGCUUUUCAGCUCAGAAACCAAUAUACCUCCAAGCUGCAGAAUUCCUCAGUCAAGAAACGGUAUGCCUAUAAAAAUUGAGUGCUAAAUGGUAUUUGCAAAGGUUUAAAAUAGUGGUUGUUCUGUUUGCUCUCUAUAUUUAUUCCCUUUGGCUUUCUCCUCCCCCUUUGUCAUCAGUGUGAUGUUGACAUUGGUAUCCUUCCCUAUAAUAUUUACAUCUUUAAUUAUAGUGUAAUCAUUUUUAUUGUUUUUGCUGUCAUUGUUAAUCGUGGAUCAUUUAUAACCAUACCGUCCCCCAACCGUUCCUAAAGUUAAUGUCAGACAAAUAGCACCCAAUUCUGUCAAAAAGGUACUUUGGUGUCAUUUUACGGUUUCCAUGUUUGUUAGUUCUGUCACAGAAUAACACUUAGGACCAGUCAGCUUCCUCUGUAACUAUCUCAGAUGAUUCAGAAACUAGGAGAUUUGGGUUAGGGUUUCUAUGUUUCUAUUUGCACUGGUCAUGAUAUGUUUCCCAAGUGAUAUCACAUAACGUUGUUCAAACAGACUUAACUCACAGUUUUGGUCUGUUAUCUCUUUCCAGACAAUCCAGCAUAGAACAUUGCAUGACAGAUACCAAUACUGAGGCGUGGACUUUCCUAUAGGACAGGUCUUCAAACUAGACAUUCCAUUACAACAGGAAAGGACUUAAACAAAGGCAACCGCAUCUGGUGCUGUCAAAAGUUGUCACUUUGUGCCCGCAUGUGACGUAAAAGUCUAAACAUAAAAAUAAAAAAGAGUGGGAAAUUUAUCCCUUACACGCUUACGUGUUCCUUGCGUACAUAAAAUCAUGGAUGGGUGAGAUUUGUUCUUCCCCUACACAAAUUUUCCAGCAUUUUACAGCCAUCAGCUGCCAGCGAACGAUUUUUAUCCACAUCAGCAAGACGUUGGAGGCACACCACCAUUCCAGCAAUUUAUAAGGCCCGAACCAGCGACACCUGAAAAUCAGUCAGCUAGCGCAUGUGCAUGUGAGUCUCCCUGCACAAGCAACGCCAGUGGCUCGCCGGAUUCUGCUUCUACAGGUAGAAACUCGGCAAAAAAAUCACAUGAAAAGUGGAGCGAGGAAGAGAAAUCGCUGCUGGUCCGUCUGGGCAGAAAAUGUCAAUUACCUAGAGAGCAAGGAUGCUAGAAAAGUGUGGGAACGGAUCGCACCUGAGCUAAGCGCCAAAUGUGGUACUAAGAAAACUAACGACAAAUGCCAACAGACAAUGAAGUACUGGAUAGACCGUUACAAGGCUGCGAAAAUUUGGAUCAGGAACCAGAGUGGGGGAAAUCGAAAACAGUCCAUCUUCUACAAGGAGAUCAACGAAGUACUCGGUUGCAGAGAUGGCAUAUGA